AUGCUGCGCCGUCAAACUCGCGAGCGUCGCGACUACCUCUACCGAAGAGCACUGCUCCUCCGCGAUGCUUCUAUCGCAGAAAAGCGAGCUCAGCUCAAGGCCUCUUUGGCUUCCGGAAAACCUCUAGACGCCUCGAUUGCAGACGAUAAAAAACUCCGUGAAGAUUUCAAAUAUGACGAGUCAAAGGAAGACAGCGAGAUGGAUGUUGACGACGAAUAUGCAUUGACAUCCGGUGUCAUUGACCCUCGUCCAAUCGUGACCACUUCUCGCUCCCCCUCUGCUCGCCUUGGUGCUUUCGCCAAAGAGAUCCGUCUUCUUAUUCCUACUGCUAUUCGUCUUAACCGUGGAAAUCUCGUUCUUCCUGAUCUCGUUUCGAGCGCGACCAGUGCCGCCUUGACCGAUAUGAUUCUGCUGCAUGAGCACCGUGGCACUCCUACUGCUCUAACCGUUUCACAUCUUCCUCAUGGUCCUACCGCUAGCUUCUCCUUGCAUAAUGUUGUUCUCAGAGCGGAUAUCCCAAACUCUGCUCGUGGCACUGUUUCAGAGAGCUACCCUCACUUGGUCUUCGAAGGCUUUACCACCAAGCUAGGUGCUCGCGUCGUUCAGAUCUUGAAGCACCUUUUCCCACCACGUGAGCCUGGAAAACUUGGCAACCGAAUUGUGACCUUUGUGAACAAGGAGGACAGUAUUGAGGUGCGACACCAUGUUUUCGUGAAGACUGGCUACAGGGAUGUCGAGCUUGCCGAGGUCGGUCCACGUAUGACAAUGCGCUUGUUCGAGAUCCGGGGAGGUACACUGGAGAAGGGUUCCACUGGUGACGUCGAAUGGGCUCUUACCCAGUACACGAGGACGAGCAGGAAGAAGGACUACCUUUAA